AAGACAACCGGGCGAAGAUAAGCGUUAGAUGGCCGAAAGUGUCCCUUUCUCAGCGGUGCGCUUGGCGGUGUAUCCCCUCCCCCGUUGCUCCGUUGCUUACUCUAUGUGAUCGACCUUACUUGCCAGGUCUCCGCUGCCUGUCUCUACAGAGUGAAGGGAAAUGUCUUUGUUUAAAGCCCGUGACUGGUGGUCCGUACUUCUGGGAGAAAAAGAAGAAUUUGAUCAGGGCUGUUUGUGCUUGGCUGAUGUUGACAACAGUGGGAGUGGACAAGACAAAAUAAUUGUGGGCAGUUUUAUGGGAUACCUUAGAAUCUUCAACCCCCAUCCGGUUAAAACGGGUGAUGGAGCUCAGGCUGAAGAUCUGCUUCUAGAAGUGCAUCUACAAGACCCAGUUCUUCAAGUGGAAGUAGGAAAGUUCGUUUCAGGUACUGAAAUACUUCAUUUGGCUGUGUUGCAUCCUAGAAAACUUUGUGUCUACUUUGUCUCAGGAACACUGGGUAACGUAGAACAUGGGAACCAGUACCAGAUGAAACUGAUGUACGAGCAUCAUCUUCAGAGAACAGCCUGCAAUAUGACCUGCGGGCCGUUUGGUGGUGUGAAAGGUCGAGAUUUAAUUUGUAUCCAGUCUAUGGAUGGGAUGCUGAUGGUGUUUGAGCAGGAAAGCUAUGCUUUUGGACGAUUUCUUCCUGGUUCUCUUCUGCCUGGUCCUCUUGCUUACAGUUCCCGUACAGAUUCCUUCAUUACUGUCUCUUCCUGCCGGCAAGUUGAAAGCUACAAGUACCAAGUACUUGCUUUUGCAACAGAUGCAGAUAAAAGGGAGGAGACUGAGCAGCAGAAACUUGGUUCUGGAAAAAGACUUGUUGUGGAUUGGACUCUGAAUAUUGGAGAACAGGCCCUUGAUAUAUGUAUUGUGUCUUUUAAUCAGUCAACAUCUUCUAUUUUUGUUCUUGGUGAGAGAAACUUUUUUUGCCUGAAGGAUAAUGGACAAAUUAGAUUUAUGAAGAAGCUUGAUUGUAGCCCAAGUUGUUUUCUUCCAUAUUGCUCAGUUUCUGAGGGAACAAUAAAUACUUUGAUUGGAAACCAUAACAACAUGUUGCACAUUUAUCAGGACGUGACACUGAAGUGGGCCACUCAGCUCCCCCAUGUUCCUGUGGCAGUGAAAGUGGGGUCUUUGCA